AAAUUGAAAUAAACGUUCCUGCUGCUUACUGCUGAGUCUUCAAUGAGGAUCGUUUUUAUCCGUGUGGCAAAAUUGUAUUCAUAUUUUUGCUGAUUGUAGUGUUAGCAGUGGCCCGUGGAAAUGGGGGACGUUGAGAUUCAGAUCACACCAGAGACUCCCGGCAAACCUUCCAUACAAAACCCAUUUGAAAGUCCAAAUGACUACCACCAGCUCCGUGAACCCCUGGUGCCAAGUCCCUCGGUCUUCAAGUCCAAACCGUGCAAAGCGACGCCGCCCAAGUUUAACUGGUCUAUUGAUGAAAUGGCCAGUCUUCUCCCAGUUGACAUAGACCCAGAGGAAAUCCAGCGACAGAAUUUUUACCUCAGCCAGUCAAUUGCAGAUUCUGACAUUGAGGAGAAGCGUCAGGAUGCUAUUGAAGAGUUUUUCACCAAAGGAGCCAUUGUGCCGUCUCCAUGGGUGGCAACAGACAUCCGUAAAGCUUCCCAGAUCUACAGAACAAGUUCUAUGUCACCAGUGAUUGUUGAGGAGCCAGAGAAAUGUUCAGUUGCUUGUCAAACGGCUCUUUCGCUACCUUUCGGUUUUGAUUUGGAGAAACUACUCGGAGAGCAUUAUCACUAUGAGGAAGCAGGCGAUGCUGUUCAGGACAGUCUUAGCACCUCCUCGCUCAGACGAAAACUUUUCCUCGAUGGUCAAAGCAGCAUUUCUGACUGCUCAAACCCACCGAGUCCAGAAAAAAGCCACUUCAGAGCUCCACUGGAUGGAAAAAGAACUGUAGCUCAAAGUUCAGAAGGACAAGUUGUGUCAUCCAGUUUUUCAUCUCCUUUGUCCUGUCAAGUUCCAACACCAUCUACGGGUCAGUUCUCAUCCAGCCCCAUCCAGCACAGCCACUUCCGUGACUGCAGUCUCAGCAGCAUCACCAGUCAGCUGUUCCCCGAUCGCUCGUCUCCUGCUUGUUUUGUGUCUCCUACUGUUUCUCCGAUUGUUUCUCAUGCAACACAAACGCCUACCGGCUCAGCUGAGGGGAAGCAGCAGACUAAUCUGACUCUGCAUGGAGCUCCUCUAACCACAGAUGCCACUUCCUGCACAGAGAGCCCAUUGGUUGAAGGUUGCUCGCCUAUUCAUAGCUGUUCCCCUCACUGGCACACCAGCAACAAGUCCAGAUUUAGAGCUCGAUGCUGGGCCUCGCCUCCCCUCAUCUCCACAAUCCUCAGUCCUCCCAUCCAGGACAGUCAGGCACUUGAUGACCAAAUCCCGUUUACCCCUCUCCCCUUUAUGGCAUUAGAUCCAUCUUCCUCCCUGGACAGGAACGUUCACCCCAUUGACACUGAUGAAGUUAGUCUUGAACAUCUGGAACCUGUAAAACCAGAGGUGGUCAAAGACGUAAAGAUGGAAGAGAGACUCGAGGAGACUGAGGGAUAUGAAGAGGAGAUUGGAGCAUCUUCAGGAAGGCUGACCAGCUCUCGUAUGGGCAACAUGUCGACAGUAGAAAGUUCACAAAUGUCUGUCUCUCUGCUGGCAGAGGGAAGCAGCAUACGUUGUGAAUCCAGCAUGCAGGUGGACAGCGGGUACAACACUACCUCAGCAGGCACUGCUAGUCUUAUCGAUGGCCUCUACUCAGACUGUCAGAGUAAAGAGUCCUUCAAUUCAAACCUGGCAGAAGAAGCUUUCUCUCUCAAACACAUUAAAGCCAAGAAAGCUUGUUUUCCAGGUAUUUUACCAUCAUCAUUGAGCCACAUGAGGGACGCCUCUUCCACUGGAAGCCUACAGUGAUUCUCCUUCAGUCAAAUACAGACUGCACAUUAUAUUUAAAAUAUUUAUUGUAAUUGGUGAUCUUAAUUUGGUUCUAGGGUUGAGUGGGGCAUUAUUAAAAUAUGGGGGGGGGGGGGGGGGGGUCUUCAUUCAUUAAAAACGUCCCUUUCUGUGUUCAUCCCAGUUCAGGUUCGUUUUCCCGACCACUCAUUGGAGUAUCUGGCUGAGAAUUGGGAGGGAGGGGGAGUAAUCAACCAGUUCUAGAGUUAAAAAGAGGUAUUUUCAUUCCCCCAGUUAACUUGCACAAAAUCACUUCUUUCUAUGCUGUAAUGAUGAUAAUGUCAUAAUUUCUGUUUCUUCUUGUUUGUGAAGAAGCCAGACUCAGAGGAAAUUACAUUGGAGCUGUAUUUAUGCUUUUAUAAAUCCUUUAUCAUGACCUUUUCUUUGUUUGAAUUCAGAUUUCUUGUGGAUGUUAAGGAUUGAUGUAUUUACUCCAGAAUAAGAAAAACCAAUAAUGCCACUCGCACAUUAAAACCUGAAUGAGCAUUUGUAAACCAUAUUAUUAUAAAAACCACUGGCUGGAUUGUAUCGUGAAAAGGAUUUGAAUAACUUGUCUUGAGGUCACGGUUCUUAUUUCUGAGCAAGCUUUAGCUGUGAACUUUAUUCUAAGGUGUAUUUUGACAUAUUUAGAAGAAGACUGUCAAAAUACCAAUGUUGUUGAUGAUCUGUAUCACAUUGUGACAACAUUCUCUCAAGAUAGUGAUUUGUUUCCUGACCUGGAUUAAUAAACAGUUCUAACAAAAAUGUCAUCUUGGCUAAAAUAAGACAUUUGACUGGAUUAGGAGAUGAUAGUUAUUACUGUUGGAUUUCAAAGGCUUAAAAAUUUAUAUUCGAGCAGAAGAGC